UACGAUGUAGGAGCUGUGUGUAAUUGGUUCACGCCAAAUGGCUUUUACACUGAGGCCGAGCAGCCUCGAUACGGAUUCUUGCUACAGGCGGAAAUCAGUCAUAGCAGACGACAGUUUCAGUGGCUUAUAAGACUGACGAGAUCAACCGGAUUAAAUCGCUUCACUAGCAGCUGUUAGUCAACACCAAACUGAACGACUCGUCGGCAGGCAAUAUGGUCACGACACGAUCUCAUAACAACGGCGCUGACGCCGUAAACAGGAAAACGAACUCUAGCAAAAAAACUCACGCUGAGAACGGAGACCUCGACAUGCUGUCUAAUGGACUCAACGAAUACAAGGAGAACUAUGAGAAACUAUCCCAGAGCAAAUACAACCAAUUCUUGCGACGAUUCUUCCACAACACUCUUGUUCCGGUAUUCUUGAUGCUCUUUGUCCCCAAUCUGAUGACAUUUCUCUGGUACACAGCCUUUAGAUGCGACGGAAGCUACUCAAAAUUCAUUAGUGUGUUUUCUGGACGGUCCGUUUUUGAAGGACUCAACGUUAUUUGGAACCAGACUAGUUUAGGAAGCUGGACGAUCUCUGGUAUUUUGAUCGGAUACUGCAUUUAUGCAUUAGCUAUGAUGAAGCUUUUACCUGGAAAGAUGGUGACAGGACCACUAACGCCUAAGGGAAAUACCCCAGUUUAUAAGGACAAUGGCUUCCUGUUCUUUGUGGUGACUAUGAUACUGUUCGUGUUCCUGACUGUAGUAUUAAAACAAUUUGGAUUAACGCCAACAAUUGUUUACGACAGAUAUGACGAGGUCCUCAACACCUUAAGCAUCUUCAGCUUCGUCUUUUGUUGGUUCUUGUAUUUUAAAGGACUUUUUGCUCCGUCAUCCAGUGAUAGUGGCUCCAGUGGUAACCUAAUCUUUGAUUAUUACUGGGGCACUGAACUGUAUCCACGCGUAUUUGGUUUUGAUAUUAAGACAUUUACAAAUUGUCGAUUCGGAAUGAUGGUGUGGGCGUUACUUGUGUCUAUAUUUGCUCUAAAGAGCUACGAACUGUAUGGUUUUGUGGACAGUAUGUUUGUCUGUGCUGUUCUGCAGUUGAUAUACAUUACUAAGUUCUUUUGGUGGGAAUCGGGUUAUUUGAGAACAAUUGAUAUUAUGUUGGACCGGGCUGGGUUUUACAUCUGCUGGGGGUGUUUGGUUUAUAUCCCUGGACUCUAUACGUCUGUUAGUCUGUAUAAUGUCACCCAACCCGUUCACCUGGGUCCCGUUUUAACCACGAUCUUUCUAACCAUGGGGAUACUCAGUAUCGUUAUCAACUACAAAGCCGAUCUACAAAAACAGGAAGUUCGUUAUGCAAAUGGAGAGUGCCUCGUCUGGGGCAGGAAACCGACGAUAAUUCGCGCCACCUACCAAUUAGAAAAUGGCGACGUCAAGGAAAGUAUCUUGUUGGCUUCCGGUUGGUGGGGACUUUCCCGCCAUUUUCAUUACAUACCGGAAAUAAUGUUGGCGUUCUUCUGGACAGUUCCUGCGCUGUUUAACAACAUAAUGCCCUACUCCUACGUUAUUUUUCUAGUUAUAUUACUGAUCCACAGAAGUUACAGAGAUGAUGAAAAGUGUGGAAACAAAUAUGGCGAUUAUUGGUUGGAAUAUUGUAAAAAGGUUCCACACAGGAUAGUCCCUGGCUUGUUUUAAAUCCGUGAAACAGCUCAUGAAUAAUUGACUUGAAUGAACCACCCUUUUUUUUUUCUUUUUUUUUUUAAAAAAAAACAACAUUGGGUAAAAAAAAAAUUAAAAGACUUAAUGCUAUACACCGUCAGAUAUUUCCAUAUUGCAUUAAUGUGUGCAAAAGUUUGGGGCGUUGCCAUGGUUUCUAUACCUUUGGAUGUGUUCCCAAUUCGACAUCUUUUUUUGUGUGUUUGUGUUGACAUUUUUAAUGAAUUUCCGGCACAGUGUUACAAAUGGCAGAUACAACUUUGAACAAUGUCGGACAUCUUGUCAGGUACAGCCAAAAUCACUAUCCGAAGACCUGAUAGUCCUGAAUAUCAUGCUGGUGAUCUUUGUACCGUACCAAUAACAUGGUGAUCUUUGUACCACGGUAUCGAUUGUACCGUACCAAUAAAAUGAUGAUCUUUGUACCGCGGUUUCGAUUGUACCAUACCAAUAACUUGGUGAUCUUUGUACCACGGUAUCGAUUGUACCGUACCAAUAAAAUGGUGAACGUUGUACCAGGUUUCGGCUGUUCCAGUAACUAAUUCUAUUAUAUUAUUCAGAGAUUAAUUCGUAAUUUAUUGUUUCAUUCAAAACAGAACACGAUUGAACAAAAAUCCGCUAUACCUACAUUAAUUAAUUCCUCUCAUCUAUACAGAAUCAUACAUUUCAAAAGUUAAUAGCAAGAAUAUGCAUGUAUCUUUACAAUACAGAAUUAUACAUGUUUAAAAGAAGUAAUGAUAUAUAUAGAAUACAGAAUUAUACACGUUUAAACGUAAUAAUCAUACGAUUAAUAUGUUAAAAUCAAGUAUAUAUAAAAUAUAGAAUUAUACAUGUUUAAACGUAAUAUCUAUACGUUUAAUUAGUUAAAGUCAAGUUUAUAUAAAAUACAGAAUUAUGUUAAGUUUAAAGGAGCUUAGUUGCUAAUAUUUGGGACCUAGAAAUUGACACAAAUGGGUCGCAACGCAUGCAAUAAUGUAAUUUGAAUGUAUAUAAAUUGAUUUACAUUCAAUCGUUUCUGUUUUUACUGUAAUUUCUAAUCAGUUAGGUUCGGCGACAUACGCCAGUAUUCUCAAUCGAAUUUCAAUCUGUAGCUUCUGGUUAUUCCAGUCUACGCCGAUAGUAUUUAUUGGGCAUGCUCUCCAGAUAAAGAUCCUAGCGUCACCGUUUGACAUGACUUGUGGAAUAAUGCCUAGCCUCGUUUUCCGAGUCCCUUUAUUACACACAGCUCUGAAACGCAUUAUGGUACACGAUUCGUGUACCAAUUGUAAAAUGUUUAUUUUGUCUUAAAUAUUGGAUAUCAGAAGGGCACCUUUUCCCGGUAAGAUCACAACAUCAGUAUUGAUUUAAAUUGACAAAUAAUUCAUGUUUUCAAUGUUGAAGAUUUUGGGUGAUAUUGAGUUAGAGACUUAGCUACUUUAAACGUAAUAUGUUGAAGUUGAGAAUUUAUAAAAAAAAAAAACAGAAUUAUAUAUGUUUAAAUGUAAUACGUUGAAGUUGAAUAUUUUUAUAAAAAGAAGAUGAAAUUAAAUCAAUCAUGAAUGGUAAUUACAUAUUGUGUGACAUACCUAUAUAUUGAUCAACGGGCUACGUUUAAUGAAUGUGUUUAAUUAUUUCAAUAUUUUCAUCAUUAAUAAAAUCAUCAGAGCUGAACAGAUUAAUGAUUCUGAUUCCAAAUAGACUGAUUAGCACUGUUUAUCUGUAUGACGUCAUACAGGUAUGAAUAUUUCAAUUGACACAGGAGAUCGGCAUCAAGAUAAAAGGACAUGUUAUAUUAUAUUUAAGGAGAUCAAUUGAGAUAAAAUUCUUGUAUCUGAGUUUGAGAUAUGGAAUAAAAUAAAACCAAGUACGAACAAUCCAAACCAUUAGACAAAAUUCGAAGUCCUAAAAAACGGUAUAGGCAAAAUAGUGUAAUAAGGCAAAAUAGUGUUAUGAGCAUAUGGACUGUUCACCGUGUAAAAAAUACACGACAAACAGUGGUAACAGGUGUCCGGAAGAGUAAGCUUACCCUGCCUGGCGCCACACCCGCCAUAGCUGCAUCCAAACUAUUAAGCAAAAUCUCGAUAAAAUAGCGUGAUUGGCCAAUGGACUAUCGGUAUGCAAAAUGCACGUGAUGAACAGUGUUAACGAUGUAGUAGACAGACAUUAUCAGGGAGAUUGUAUACGCGUCAAAUUAAAUAUAUCUAGAAUAAUAGCCGAUGGAAAUUAGAUGUCCAAAUAAAUAUUUUAGUUUAAAUUGAAAUAUUUUAGUUUAAAAUUGAAAUAUUUUAGUUAAAAUUGAAAUAUUUUAGUUAAAAUUGAAAGAAAUAUUUUAGUUAAAAUUGAAAUAUUUUAGUUAAAAUUGAAAUAUUUUAGUUAAAAUUGAAAUAGUCUGCUUUAAAAUGGACCACUUUACUUUGAAUUGAAAUAUUUUAGGUUAAAAUGGAUAAUACAUGUAUUUUAGCUUAAAAUGGAUAAUACAUGUAUUUUAGGUUAAAAUGGAUAAUACAUGUAUUUUAGGUUAAAAUGGAUAAUAUUUUAAGUUAAAAUGGAUAAUAUUUUAAGUUAAAAUAGAUAAUAUUUUAAGUUAAAAUGGAUAAUAUUUUAGGUUAAACUAAUAUUUUUUAGUAUAGGAAAAUAUAAAUCGAUAACUUUACAGAUAUCGACCAAAAAUUAACCAAUAAUAUUUGCUCAUUAAAUGCCGAUGAUCCGGAGAUUAUUGAUAAAAAAAAUCGUUGAUAUUAAAUUCUGAAUAAUGGAUAUCCAUACGAACAUCGCACGAAUGAUAAAUGUUAUUUUAUUUAACAAUUGUUAUAGAACUUCCCUCGAGAUGUACCAAAGUUUGAAAAACGCUACCGACUCAUUUUAAACUAAAAUAUUUUAAGAAUUACGCCCUUUCAUUGGGCUAAAAUUGUGUCUUCGGUCAGUAAACCAUCAGUGUUCUUAAAAUAUUUUUCUUUAAAAUUUUAUGAAUAGGGCUUCAGAUGUCAGAUAUUCAGCAUAGCUCCACGUCCAGUCACUGCAGAAAAGGGCUUAGGGCAGAUGAUUAUGAUAUUGUGUUUCUUUGCAUUUGUUGUUUUUCUAAUAUUGUACAUAUAAGUGUUACUAGGUGUUCAUUAUACAACGAUAUUACCACAAUUGUUUAAAGCACGUGUUUAUAUAAUAUGCUUCUUACCGUCUGCUUCGGCUAUUGUUACCAACGCCCUCUAGAGCAUUGUUUCCCAACCAGGGGUCUCUGAAUCCCUUAGGAAAGGCGACCCAACUCUUUGUCACGUACAAGCGUGGAAUUGAAACCACGCCACUUGACUCAAUGACAGACCUGUCACAUUACUAGGUAUUGAGGCUACAUUAGCGUUUAUUAAGAAUUUAUUUAUAACAAGGGGAGGCACGUGCCCUACGUACUACAUCAGUUAAAUGGAAGUCUGGAUAAACAGGUGGGGGAGGGUAAAAUGGCCCAAGGGGUCCGCCAAUGCAAAAAGGUUCGGAACAACUGCUCCAGGAUGUUUACAUUCGUCGGAAUAAAAGAUAUAUCCCUGAUCAGUUCAUUUGUAUUAUUAAAAUGAUAAAGACAUUUUCUUGGGCAUCGUUCUAGGAUGGAUACGCCCCGUCUUCAAUCGCCCGAUCGGUUGGGAAAAUAUGGACGUUAAAGCCAUGGAUAUUUAUUCAUUAAUUCAAAAAGUAUACAUAAGAUUGGCGUGCGCGUAAUGAGGACGGUUUAGUAGGCUAUAUAACAAUGCAACUCAAAUGGACCAAUCCCCAACUUCGUCAAAGUGGCACCAUUUUCUCAGACAAUUGAAGUUCAUGUUUAAAUAAAAAUAUAACUUUUCUUUCGAUUAAAAAUUUAAACUUUCUAUAUAUAUAUAAAAAAAAAGCCAUCGUCAAUAUCUGUGAGAAGUUUUGCCAAAUCGCGUACAAAAAUGGAGAUUGUCUAAGAAAGAUGCAACGUCACGUUGUCGUUAAGUGGGCGUGGGUAUCAUUUCGCCUGGGAUGAGCUCAUUGAUAUGAAAUCUUUAUAUGCAAAUGAACUGAUUAUAACAAUGAAUGUGGUGAUUUUAUGUAUAAAAAUCUACAGGGUCUAGGUGCCCCAAUACUGUAUGUAUCAAUCUGAUUAAAACAAAGAUCCUAUUUCGUUUCGUUUUUUUAUAGGUCAAAAUUUCGUUUUAUUUGUCUGUACUACACUAGAAACUUGAAUAGUUGUUAUAUAACCUGUGUUCGGGAUGGCGUGAGGGAUUAGCCAAUGAGACUAUCUAUUACGGCGACUUCUUGACGUGCGAUGCACAGAACUGUGGGUAAACUACUAGAAACGUCAACGCCGAUUGAUUGAUUGAUUAAUGAAUGUAUGACGUCAUAGGGUCAAAAGCCAUUCGUACGACCUCUGACGCGACCUUUUACUACAACUGGUCAGAUCUGUAUUUUAACUAGAUUGUUACAUACAUGUAUGUAACCUAUUUAUAGAGGCAUUAUCAAACUCGCCAAGAAGAGAAAAUGUAUUUCAUUUUGUAUAUCUCCUACAAAAUAACCAUAGACGACCCCAGUUGUCAGGAAUAUAAGGAAACUCCUUAAAAAUCAUGAAAUUUUAAUACGUUAGUAGUUUUAUCUAAAAUUCAGCAUACAAUAUAAACAUUCCCGGUGAAACUGUAAAUUCUAUUUCUAAUCAGAAACAAAAAUUGUUUUUUGACCACCCGUCGAAUAAAUAUUCACUGAGCGAUAAUGCCUCUUGACUAUGGAAGACCAUAUAGAACAAAAUUAAUGAUGAUUGUUCCUACGCCGAAAUCGAAGAAUACAAUCAGUUUAGAACGUUGAUUUUGUGCUCGAAAUGUUGACAUUAGAAUGUAAAAACUACAAUCAUUAGUAUGUGCUGUAUCAUAAGGUCUGUCAUUGAGCCAACUGGCGGGGUUUCAAUUCCCCGGUUGUACGUGACAAGGAGUAGGGUCGCCUGUCCAUCCUCGUGGGUUUUCUCCGGGUCCUCCGGUUUCCUCCCACUGCUAAAGACCCCUACGCGCAAGCGAAUUAUUGAAAUAAAAUUAAACCAUGUGUUAGUCCCCAAAUGUCCUAGUUUGUGUCGAGUGGACGUUACCCCCCCCCCCCCAUCGCUCACUCUCUCUCUCUCUCUAUCAUUAGUUUGAAAUAUGGCUUUCUUAUAUAAAAUGUUCAAACUGGAAUGUAGAAACAAUAAUCAAUAAUAUUGUCUCAUUUGGUCUUCCAUACUAGAAUGUCUUACUGUCUGUUAACAGCUCCGUGGGUUAUCAAUGUUUUCAUAUUGCUUUCAAUAUUUUGCCACAUAAACUUUAAUAUUAUUAUAUUAAGUAUUAUUUAAAAUUAAAACUUAUAUAUACA